CGGACAUUUGCCUCACAACGUCUCUCAACCUCUGCGUUCUCAUUCGAUCAGACGACUCUGAAGUCUCGCAGCAAGACUCAACAUUUACCGUUCUGCGGUGUAGGCUCGCCGCACGCAUAGGGGAGAGGAUGUACCAUUUUCACGAGAAGACUGUUUGGUUUCUGUGCAACGUAGUGGCACUAGGUCCCAGUUCCAAAGAACCCAUUCAUCGUACGAACGCUCGAGCUCGGCAUCUGCGCAAGUCGGGGAAGGCCACUGCUCCAGGAUUGGGAGUGAGAGUUUACAAGGAAGAGGUACGUCUUGCGUACGGUCCCGAAGCCCACAGACGCACACCGCCCAGGACGAAGGCUUCCCUGUACGACGUCGCUUCCAUGUCGGCGUUUCAUUCAGGGUCAUCCGUGAGGAUACAGAGGACCGUCGCCGGACAGUUCAUAUUUGCGGAGAAGUCUUAUGAAGACGAAGACUGGGAUCUAGAAGAAACCUCGGAGAGGUGUGCACGCUCGAUGAUCAAUGAGGGCGUCAAACCCAGCAAGCUCUCGCAGUAUCAUCCUAUUUCUCAACCUCUAGGACUCAUCGAAAGCCUGGCUCUCGUUGACAUGCCCGAAGCUGUACAAGGCUACCCAUGCCGUGGUGACCUCAUGCCCAGCUACUCUCCUCUCCAUGGACCCCCCCAUCCUCCCAUAUUCCGACGUCAUGCGCCGAUUACAGUCACCAAGUACCUUCAGGCAACCUCACCUCGACUAGCUUCUUCUAUGAUGCGGUCUGGUGCUUCGUCUGGCAGGGUGGCUUCGACUUGCCCCCUACGCUCAGUCCGGUCAUGGGACAGAUGCUGUCUCACGCAGCUCGAAGGCGACAUCGUCUGUUGGGCGUGCGAGCGUCAAUGGCUUGCAUGCAAGGUGUGGUACCAGGCCAACGACGGAGAUCUUAUGGAGCCGUUCAUGAGACACGCGGAGAGCAAUGCCGAUCUUCGAGCAGUUUCGGAGUUUCUGAGGGUUCCGCGGGAGGACGAACGAGCGGGUCGUAUUGGCUUAGGAUCCGACUUGCCUAGUGCAGACACAAUCAAGAAGCGGCCUCCCUUUCGCGUGGUCGACCAAGUGUUUUCUCAUAUCUGGUUCAAGGUCAUGCCAGCACCUGCGUAG